UUCUGCUCUUCAGCCGUUUGGUUUCGCUUGACAGUAUGACAUCACAGGGACGCAGAACCCGUAGAGGACCGACACCGAGGCCGCGUCGUCCGGCAGGAGUUUUUACAUAGCAGGUCUGUGUGGGUUCAUCUGUUCUCCUUCCUGUCUUCUAGCCUGGUUGCCAGAGGCGCUGCGAGGCAUCCGUGUAUGUGUGUGUGUGUGGGGGUGUGUGUGUGUGUGGGCGUGUGUGUGUGUGUGUCACAGGAGGAGAAAGCUGUAGGAGUUUUUAUAUUUUUUUUACUACAGCUGAUCAAGCCUCCCGCUGCUGCUGCUGCUGCUGCCCUCCGCCUCCUUCUUCAAAUCGUCAGACCUCCGCGGAUUAGUCAGUUGAUUUAGCGGGACAUGGCGGAGGUUUUAAGGAGACUGACCAAUGCGUCUUCGUUCAGCGUCUUACAGGACAAGCUUGAGAACUGGCACAGAGACUACCACGUGUUUUCCUGUGAUCAGAAUGUGAACAGAUGUUGUGAGCUGAUUGAGCUCACUGCCAAAAUUCAAGGCCAGCUGUUUAACAUCCUAAACCUCACCGCAGCUGAGGGCGGUCGCUGUGGUGGAGUGGACACUCUUAAAACGCGUUUUCUGCCUUGGCUUGGAAGCUGCUUCUCCAUUUCAAGGCCGUCCAUCGCAGACGGCACCAGCCUGCACCUCAUCCAGGGUGCAGCAGAGAAGGACAGAAAGACGAAGGAGCUUUCUUUGUCCCAGGAGAGUGAGAUAAGAAAGCUGGAAGUUCAAUUGAACUCUACUAGCCUCCAGCUGGAGUCGGUCACUGCAGAACUCGUGGAGGCUCAGAAGAAGCUGGACCACACAAAGUGCAAGUCGGCGACCACCCUGCUCGCCACCGAGGAUGAGAUCUUGCAGCUCAAAGCGGAUUUGCUUUCUACAAACGAACAGUUGGAGUUGUAUAAGAGGAAGCAGGACGCCGUUCACGACUACGAGCGGCAAAUUCGCCUGUUGAAGGAUGAGUUAGCUUAUCUGAACUCAGAGAAGGUCAUGCUGCAAGAGAGGUUGGUUAGAAGUCGCUCUCCGAGCCCUUUGCCCCUGUUGAGCCGCUCAUCCAGCCCACUGAGGAGCACGUCCCCCACCAGAGCCCAGCUGACCAACUCCUCACGCCACGCACGCCUCGUCUCGCGUUUCAGCGAUCUGUACACCAUGGAGCGUCUGGACGCACAGACCCUCCUACGGCGCUACAUCCCAGACAUAGAGAUGGUCCAGAGAAUCAUCUUCAUCGCUGUGAUGGAGUCCUUCCAAAAAGCAAAACUGGCCUAUCGUAAGUUCAAGCAGCAGGUGAGAAAGACGUUGUCCACGUCCCACUUUGGUCCGGAGAGUCUCGAGGACGCGGCUGUGGAUUACAUUGUUAGGAACCUGGACCUCUAUGAUGUCCUGUGCAGUGUCAAUGAUGUAAUCCUUGCUAUGAACAAGAACCCCCAGAUCUCCUUCCCUCCAGAAGUGGACUUCAGACUCAUCAGUCCCUUGAUCAGAGAGACCUGCAGGGUGGCUUUUGCCAUGCAGACUCUGGACCCACCUCUUGACUUGGCCUACGGAAGCAACGGUGAACUAUUCAACAACGCCAAGUAUCGUCGCAGCUUUGACUCUGAUUUCAGUGCUCCGCUGGUGGUCUACUACGUGUGGCCGGCUCUGGUGGAAGGAUGCACGGUGCUUGUUAAAGGCGAAGCCGUGACCAAAAGAGGCGUACUGUGGAGUAGAAGCAGGAGCAGAAGUGCCAGCCCUGCACGCUCCCGAUCUCUUAGCCCGGCCCGCAGCGUAAGAUUUAGCGACAAAAGAAGCCUGUCACCUGGACGCCUCACUACCAGACACCUGAGCUGAAGUGUUUCUAAGAAGUCUCUGGGAUGUUUCCAUGGAAGCUGAGUGAGAGAUCAGCGAACCGCUCUGGACCUCCCGCGGGCCGUUCACUGUAGCUCCAUUUUGAACUCUUGAAGCAAAUUACAGGAAAAGACAAACAAACUAUACUCACUCUUCCUGAUUGCACCUCACAAUUCUGAUUGGCUAAACCCCAGAAAGGGGGAAAGACACAAGCUGUGUUCAGUUCUGACAUUUUGGUCGCCGCUGAUUAUUCAGAGGAGCGUUUUUUUUUUUUUAGGGUGUUUUUUGCGUGUAAUUCCCGGGUUACAUCAGUGUGUUAUAAAAGAGGAUUUUGAACCACUUAGAAACGAUCCAGGCCUUUUUCUUCUUAGAACAGCUAGGAAGCUUCAGGAGUCAAGACAGGAAGUUUAAUAUUUGUAACUCAGUUCUUGGACACGUCUGGUUCUUGAAUCUCUCCUAAGCUUUUAAAUCAUAAUCGCCCCAUUGCUUGAGCACCUUUUUCCUUCCACUCGACAUUCCUUUAAUGUGUUUAAGUACCGCCUCCUGUUGAAAACUUUUUGCAUGUUUUGUAAUAUUUCUGCAGAUCAAUAAACAGCAGAUGUCCUAUAAAUGAAUUUGGUCUCAAAACGGUCAAACAUCAUAAAAACCCCUCUUUAAUAAAAUCAAUUUAAUGUGCCUAAAUGAUCAAUAUGCAUUAUAGCUAAACUGUGUUUGUGUUGACAUGCAAACACACUUAAAAACAUUUUUUUUUUCUUCUGUGCACUACUUUGUGUUGGUUUGCCACAUAAAAUAACAUAAGAAGAAUGGAUGCUGUAUUUUGACACAAUGUGAAAGUGCUGGAGGGAUAUUAAUUAUUUUUAGAAUUUUUUUUUUUUUUGAGACGCUCCCCAUGUUAACUCUUGGAAAUUUUAAAUGGAAAAGGGUUUUCCUGGUUAAUUAAAUAAGAAAAAAAAAGAGAGAUUCUUUCUAAUCCGUCAAUCAGAACUUCCUGUAAUCCGUGCGUUAAUGCAGCACACAAAAGGCUUUUCCAGAACUUACCCGCCUGGCAGUAAUGAGCAGGGAGUGUGCAGUUAAUGAGGCGACUUAAUGAUGCAGACGAUUGCAGUGAUUAAGUCAAAUUAAAAUCCUUUGUGUGAUUCA